AAUUCAUUUCUUAAAUGUUAACAAUAGUAUACGUUCUGUUUGCACUAGUAACAUGCCUCUUUUGAAAAAUCUUAACAUUCCAUCUCUUUCUGGCCUCUAUCAGAUUCCUCUGUUCAUCUUCAUAGCAAAACUGCAGAAAAAAAAGCUUUCAGCUUGGAAACUUAGGUGCAACUUCCUUCGGUCGUACCAAAUCCGGGUUCAUCUGACACCAGCCACUUCCAUGAUGCAGCCAAAGUUCUGCCCCAAAGAGAUCAAAGUCCUAUACCCGAGGUGCACCGGUGGGGAAGUCUGUGCUGUGUCUCCCCUGACCCCCAAGAUUGGUCCCCUGGGCCUGUCUCCAAAAAAGGUUGGCUUUGACAUCAACAAAGCAACUGGUGCUUGGAAGGAUCUGGGGAUUACAGUAACUCUGAUAUUCAGAAUGACAGACCCAGAUUGAGGUAGUGCCUCUGCCUCUGCCCUGAUCAUGAAAGCCCUCAAAGAAUUGCCGAGACAGAAAGAAGCAAAAAAUCAUUAAACACAGUGGAAAUAAUCACUUUUGAUGAGAUUAUCAAUAUUGCCUGACAGAUGCAGCACCAAAUUUUAGCUAGAAAACUCUCUGAAACCAUUAAAAAGAUCCUGGGGGUUGCAAUGUUGAUGGCUGCCACCCUCAUGACAUCAUAUAGAUAACAUUAGCAGUGGUGCAGUGGGAUGCUGAGCUAGUUAAGAACCACAAAGGAAA